AUGACUGAUGAGUUCCUGAUAGUGCUGGCGUGCCUCAUCCUGGCUAUCCUGACCACUUUUAAGGAGUAUGAGAAGGCCUCGGCCCACUGGCUCGUCAUCCUGGAGACGUUCACCAUCGUGCUGUUCGGUACUGAGUUUGGUCUGCGCGUGUGGGCCGCGGGCUGCUGCUGCCGCUACCAGGGCUGGAGGGGACGCCUACGCUUCAUGAGGAAACCACUAUGCAUCCUGGACAUCUUUGUGCUGAUUGCCUCUGUGCCGGUGGUUGCCGUGCGUAACCAAGGUAACGUCCUGGCGACGUCGCUCCGCAGCCUCCGCUUCCUCCAGAUCCUGCGCAUGCUCCGCAUGGACCGACGAGGAGGCACCUGGAAACUACUGGGAUCAGCCAUAUACGCACACAGCAAGGAGCUGAUCACGGCGUGGUACAUCGGUUUCCUGUCCCUCAUCCUCUCCUCCUUCCUGGUCUACCUGGUGGAGAAAGAUGACGUCACCGUGGAGACCAGAGAUGCUUUUGGCCCCACCCCCUCCGCUGAGCCGCAGCACUUUGACACCUAUGCAGAUGCCCUGUGGUGGGGCCUGAUCACCUUGACAACCAUUGGCUAUGGCGACAAGACUCCCAAGACGUGGGCGGGGCGUCUGCUGGCCGGAACCUUCUGCCUCAUCGGAUGCUCUUUCUUCGCCCUGCCUGCAGGUAUUCUAGGUUCGGGCUUGGCCCUGAAAGUCCAGGAGCAGCACAGACAAAAACAUUUUGAAAAACGCAGAAACCCCGCUGCAGAACUGAUACAGUCGGCAUGGCGAUAUUAUGCCACCAACCCCCUGAGAGAUUACCUCAUCGCAACAUGGAGAUUCUACGAGACCGUCAUCGCACUGCCAUGCUUCAGUAAGAGGACUCGAGCGCCCGCUCGGCUGGGGUCGGUGCGAGACCGCCUGCUGCCCUCUGCCCCAAUGCAUCUUGGGAGCUCUGAGCCCAGUAAGCCGGGCGGCUUCAGCAACCGCGAACGCUUCCGCACCGCCUUCCGCAUGAAGGCCUACACUCUACGCCAGAGCUCCGAAGAUGCUGGGGGCGUGGUGGAUAAUGACGAGCGCGGCUUUCCCCCCGACAUCCUGACCGAGGACAUGAUCCCCACACUCAAACUGGUCAUCAGAGCCGUCAGGAUCAUGAAGUUCCUGUUAAAUAAGAAGCAUUUCAAGGAGACUCUGAGGCCGUAUGAUGUGAAGGACGUCAUCGAACAGUACUCUGCUGGACACCUGGACAUGCUCACCAGGAUUAAGUACCUGCAGUCACGGUUGGAUAUGAUCUUGGCUCCUGGUGCUCCCCUGACCCCCAAACACAAGAAGCCGCAGAAGCCUUUCAUGUACCCCUCGCAACAGUCUCCACGACAUGAGCCGUUCUCAGCAGCUGUGCUGCCAGACUCAGACGACCCCAGCAUGAUGGGCAGGUUCCAGAGGGUAGAACGACAGGUGGAGGACAUGGACAAGAAGCUGGACUUCCUGGUGGACAUGCACAUGCAGCAUCACGAGACCCUGCAGGUUACCGCCGGCAACCAGGAGCCCUCCUUCACCUUGACGACCGUCACCGACGGCGACCCGCUCCUCUGCUGUUGCUACGGCCCCCCACCCCCGCUGCCCUACUACCCCCUGCCCCCCCAAAACACACACACACACAUGCACUCCUUCCUCCCUCGGCCCACCAUGCUGCCCAUCAGCAACCUCCCUCACCAACACACACACACACACACGCAACACAUCGACCAAUCAGCAGCUGGGAUGGAGGGCUGGCAACCGGUCUCUGGCCAAUCAGCAGCUGGGAUGGAGGGCUGGCAACCGGUCUCUGGCCAAUCAGCAGCUGGGAUGGAGGGCUGGCAGCCGGUCUCUGGCCAAUCAGGGGCCGGCUUGCUGGGCUGGGCUGGGCUGGAGGCGGGCUCUCAGCUGUCGCUGCUGUCGGUCACGGCGCUGGGGGGCUCGGAGCUGGAGCGCUCGCCGAGCGGGUUCAGCGUGUCGUCAGAGCAGGAGGAAGGGGUAGGGACGGGGGAGGGGUCGCGUGGAGGUCAGGGCUCACGAUGCUGCCUGGCGGAGGCCGAGGGGGAGACGGACACGGAAGACAGCGAGCUGCACACACCCAGCAUGGCGCCCUGA